CACUGAGGCGCCGGCGUCGCUUGGCUGAGGCGCGGCCGGGUGGCGCCCGUGUCCCGGAGACAGCUCGCACCGGGCAGCUAUGGGUGAUGAGCCAGUACCGUAUUUCCUGGACCAAGGAACCACUAAAACAUAUAAAAUACCAAUUGGUCAUCUGGACUACAAGUUCAUUGAAAAAUGCACAGAUGUUAAACACCUGGAAAAGAUUCUCAGGGUAUUAAGGUCUGGUGAAGAGGGAUGUUAUCCUGAACUUACAUUGUGUUGUGAAAAGCGUAUCGAGCAUUUAGAUCCAAGGAGCAGAGCUCUGAGAAAAGAUAAGCCUGCAGCCACAGCUUCUGAUUUCACAGCUGAAGAAUGGGAAACAAUUAAUGACGAACUGAUGAGCUGGGUGACAGAAAUGAAUGAAGAUGAUAAUAAACCACAGUACCUGAGAACAGAUGCACUGCAUGAAAGACAAGAUAACUUGCCUCCUAUUCGUUGUUCUAGCAGCUGUCUUCCUGCUAAUCAGAACAAAAAUUUGCAAAACAAACUAAGAAACAAGAAAAACAUACCACGGGACUACAGUGAAUGGGACAAGUUCGAUGUGGAAAAGGAGUGUUCUAAAAUUGAUGAAGGCUGUGAAGAAAAUAACUCAAAAGCAAGAUUUUUUAGUAGGCCCAGUCUACCUAUAAUUGAAAAGAAAAUAGACACAACUGGCAUGACAAUGAAAGAGAAGAUUUAUAUUGCUACUCGUGAAAAAGAAAAGGGCAAUGAAGCCUUUGCCAUUGGCGAUUUUGCGGAAGCAGUGACUUAUUACACUCGGAGUAUUUCAGUAAUACCCACUGCAGCUGCAUAUAAUAACAAAGCUCAAGCAGAAAUCAAACUUCAGGACUGGGGCGGUGCUUUGCAGGAUUGUGAGAAGGUACUAGAGAUGGAACCUGACAAUGUAAAAGCACUGAUACGCCACGCCACUGUACACAAUCAGCUGAAGAAUUACCAGACAGCUGUAGAGGAUCUGAACAGAGUAUUACACAUUGAACCAGAAAACACUAUAGCGAAGAAAAAUCUGCUAGAGAUUGAAAAGAAACUGAAAGAAUUAAAGCCUGUUUCUGAGACUCAAGGUAAAGGAAAAAGAAUACUUAUUCAAGAUAUAGAGGAUUCAGAUGAUGAUGAAGAAAGAGGGGAAAAUAGAGAAGAACAUGAAGGAAGCAGCAGAAAUAAAACAAUUAGCGUGCCAGUCGGAGGAGAGGCAGCUGCGGAGGAGGGAGCGAUGGGGAACGCGCAGAGAAAGUUUCACAGCAAAGGCGGUGGCGGGAAGGCGGAAGACAGAGACACGCAGAAGGAGAAGGAAUCCAAUGAGAGCGGAUUAAAAAAAAGCACAGCGGAGAAGAAAAGACAAAAGCGUUCAUCAGACCACCAGAGUGAAGUUAAUGGCUAUUUACAGAGCGAUCAGAAGAGCGAAAGCUCUGAAGCCGAGCUCUCCGGACCGCAGGGAGCGGGGUCUCAGGCGGCUGGUGGUGGCAGUUCUGCUUCACUUCCUCCUGCUGCAGCAAAACUGAAAAGUGAAGGAAAUGAGUUGUUCAAGAGUGGACAGUUCGGGGAGGCUGUGCUCAAAUACUCGGAAGCCAUUGACUAUGUCAUUGGUUUAGGAGAACCAAGUCCAGAUGAUUUAAGUGUCUUGUACUCAAACAGAGCAGCGUGUUAUCUCAAAGAAGGCAACUGCAGUGACUGUAUUCAGGAUUGUAACAGAGCUCUGGAGCUUCAGCCAUUUUCCCUUAAGCCUCUUCUACGACGAGCGAUGGCAAAUGAGUCUAUGGAGCGGUAUCGACAGGCAUACGUUGAUUAUAAAAUAGUCCUACAAAUAGACAGCAGCAUCCAAGCAGCGAAUGAUAGUGCUAAUAGAAUAACAAAGACUUUGAUAGAUCAGGAUGGUCCCAGUUGGAGGGAGAAACUACCACCAAUUCCAGUUGUCCCAGUUGCUGCUCAGCAACACCGGUGGGAUGGAGGAAACUUCACUUCAGAGAAUAAGCCAAAAAGUACUACAGAUAUCAACAGAGAAGAACAGUUGCAGAUGGAUCGUGAGAAAGCUGAGGAGGAGUUCAAGACGUUAAAAAAUGAAGGGAAUGAUUUUGUAAAAAAGGGUAAAUAUGAAGAAGCUGUAAAUAAAUACAGCGAAUGCAUGAAGUUAAAUACCGAGGAAUGUGCGAUCUACACUAACAGAGCUCUCUGUUACUUGAAACUGUAUAAAUAUGAAGAGGCUAAGCAAGAUUGUGAUCAUGUUCUUCAGAUAGAAGAUUCUAAUAUUAAAGCUUUUUAUAGAAGAGCACUAGCGUACAAAGGAUUACAGAAUUAUCAAGCCAGCCUUGAUGAUUUCAACAGAGUGCUUCUAAUAGAUCCAGAUGUUCUUGAAGCAAAGAAGGAACUAGAGGAGGUGACGCAGCUGCUGAACCUCGACAGCGGUGCUGUGCCUGGCAGCCCACAAAAGCCAAGGAAGAAGAUCACCAUACAAGAGGUGACUGAUGAACAGGAAGAGGGAGAGUUUGCUACAUCAGAAGUGACUGAUCAUGUUGAUUGUGAGAGUUUGCCACUGAAGAGCUCUGAGAAACUGCGUAUUUCUGAACCUUCUAAUCCUUACGACUUUGGUCAGAUGAUAAAUGCAGUGAAUACCACUAAGGAUAAAGCCGCUUGUGCAGAACUUCUAACAAUUACUGAUCCAAAAAAAAUGCCAGUGCUGUUAAGUAACAAACUCGAAGGAGAAAUCUUUUUGAUUUUUAUCCAGUCAUUGGAAUAUUACAUCGUUGGAAAAGAUCCUGGCCUUGCAUAUCAGCACCUUUUCUACUUGAGCAAAGCAGAAAGAUUUAAGGUGGUGCUGGCCCUUCUCAGCAAAAAUGAGAAAGAACAGGUUCAGCAGCUGUUUGAUUUACUUUCAGAAAAUCAGAAUCAUCAGUACUCUCUGGACGAUCUUGAGAGCCUUAAAAAGGUUUAUGAACUUUAAGAAGUUAAAAUGAGCAGGUUGCAUGCACAUGGUUCAUGUUUAUGAGACGGAUGUGUGAACUCUGCAGACUUGCAUGGGUUGAAGUGGGUCUUUAUCCGGACUCUUAGAACGUUAUUUUGUUUUGACAGCAUAUGCACAUUUAAAACUUGCUGCUCUUUUUUUCUUGUAGUUGUAUACAUUUUUAAUCUCUAGAAUUUAAUGCAUGUCUUUGUGUUCAGUAAUGGAGUUCACGUUAUUUGGCAUACUGAUUUUAUUUAGAUUGUGUUGAUUAUAUAUAUAAAUAUAUUUUACAUUAUAUAUAUAUAAUGUGAAAUAUCUUGAUGGUACGAUAGAUAAUACACUUUUAGGCAUCACUUGUUAUAUCAUUUUGUGAGUUGUAUGUUCUUGUGAUAAAGAAGUGUCUUCAAGAGAAACGGGUCAGUUAGCAAUAGCUUUGCUAAAAUGAGUUUACAAAAAGUAUUAAUGUUUUUCAGCUGAACUGCUAGAGGCCAUCUGUGUCUUCACUGUCCCUGGCCUAUACAAAACAGAUUUAAAUAUUUUUGGUGCAAUACAGCUUAGCAGCAAAGGUGAAUGAAUAAUAUAUUAGCUUGCCAUAGAACACUUUGAAUCAAAAUAAUUAAUUAUUAAAUAAAUGGGUAUAUUUUUAAAAUAAUUAACAAGCGAGUAAUUUCAGCACAGAGAGGAUUAUUUUUUUCCUGUGCAGGUGGAAGGCCUGCUGGUUUGCAGGGCUUUUGAGGUGACAGUGGCGAACAGGAGAAGUGGCUGCACUUAGCAAUAAAAAUAUUUAACUCUUGGGUUUUGUAAUCAGAUUAUUUAAAACACCAGCUAUUUCUGUUUACAGACAUAUUUAUAAAGCUAAAAGUAAAACCAUUUUGUGGACCAGUAUGAUUUUUUUUUUAUUUUAUUUCAGGCAGUACUUCUGUUUUAUAUUUGAUUCUGACAAAGCUCCUUUUUUGAAAUGAAGCUUUUAAAUUUUUCAAAUACCCAAAUGCCUUCUUUGCACAUGUGAUGUAGAUGUAUAUUGAACUCACUAGCACUGCAGAAAUACUAAGAAUGUUGUUCUAAUGAAAAUUUUUCUCAGGUGUAUAUCAAUUAAAAAAA